AUCAAAUUUAAAAAAUUUAAUUUACCAAUCGGUUGAUUUGAAAAUAUAAAGUGCAUUAUAAGUGACCGAUUAGAGAAUGCUGCUGGAGAUAAUUAAAUUUCAUGCGAGAAAUAUAUCAUAGCUAAAAAUAAAAGGGGAUAGCGUAUCAGAGAUUUCCUAUCUAGAUUCUAAUAUUGUAUGUUUCUUUUUCUAAAAUAUAAUUCAACAAAGUCUGCGUGAUACGUGUGACAUAAAUAUACAUAGCAAACUUUAUCACAUUUCGUAAGAAGAUAUAUCUUGAUAGCUCACAGGUGUUCGAUAAUUCCUAAUUGAUUCGUGCGAUUAGUGUAAAAAAUUAUAAUCGGUAAGUAAAUUAAAUCAUCAAUCAUCAAUCAUCAAUGCAAAUGCAAGGGACGACUCACCCUCAUAUCGAGUUUGUUUCAUUUCGUACGUACAUAUAAAUGCUGUUGUGACCGAAAAUAAAAUGGAGAUGCAAGCUCUGCAGUUAUCGUGAUCGCGAUAAAUUUCGAGAUAAUUUGAUCUCUAAUAAGAUAAAUUAAAAAGAAUACUAACUGCAACUAAGAAUAACGCACUAUAACUCUUCAUCACUUUUUUCAUCAAUGAACUUCUUUCUCGUCUAUCUCUCUUCUAUCUUGUUCAAUGUGAUCUUCAGAUGACCUGAUUAAAAAGUCUAGCAUCAGUAUCUCGUGCCUAUCGAUUAGACAAUGUUUCGCCAUCGAUACGAGAACUUCUCGAAUUCUCACCUGCGCGAUAAAACCGGGAAUCAGGCUUGAUAAAUCCAGUUUGAUAUAGUAGUGUAUGCCGCCCGUUUGAAACAGUUCUUCAUUAAGUCUGCCAGGUGAAUGUUGAAGAAGUAAAAUGACGUCCGCAAGAUAAUCGCUACCUGGCAGGAACGGGCAAAUGCUUCAUUUCGCUAGGUUGUCGAAGAACCAUCGAAACCUCAAUAUCUCGAAAUUCGCGAAGGACUGCUUAAUAUAGAAUACACGAAUUCGCGGAGUGAAGCAGAAUACAAAGGGAAAGAAAUCGUGACAUUAGCAGAAAAUAUAGUGAUUAUUUAUAUAUUAACAUCGCGCGUGACACGCAGUGAAUAUAUUAUCAUUUUAUUAUUAAUAUAUAAAUAUUUGACAAAACUCGCAAACGUAUAAAAUGCUGCCGCGUCCAAAGUUGGAGUCAAGCGGAACCACGCGCAAGGGUUUACGGUAUUCGCGGUAGUAAAGCAGAUGGUAUAAUCGAACAUUUACCACGUAAAGAGAUUACUGGAACGGAAUCGAGCGAUUUUGGGCUACCUCUCGGUAUAAAUCUCUCAGUCAAUAGCGUUCCCCGAGGACACUCGCAACAUGAACCGACUGGAAGUGUGCGGCCUCUUGCUCGCGCUGUGUUGCGUUCUGAUUACGGCGGAGAAACCGUGCGUGUGGUAUGGCGAAUGUGCACUGUCAGAUCGUUGGCUUCCGCUGCCUUGUGUGGUGGACAACAUCUUCGCUCAGUCGAUUAACGAUACGGAUGCUGAGGCUGCCUUGCUGAAGAGAUGUCCGCACUUCUUCAAGAAAAAUGAAUCGUCGAAAGUGUGCUGCGACGCUAAACAGAUCAUUACGAUGGACAAGAGCAUGAAUAUGGCCGAGGGUAUCUUCGGCAGAUGUCCGACCUGCAUGAAAAAUAUGUUUCGACUGAUCUGCGACAUGACCUGCAGCUCCAAGCACCGAGAAUUUUUAAAUGUGACCAAGAGCACCGAGAAGGAUGAUAUUAAAUCCGUCAACGAAGUUGAUGUUUACGUGGCAGAGGAAUAUGUCAAUGCGACGUACGAUUCCUGUAAAAGCGUUGUCAAUCCUACCAGCGGAAAUUUGGCGAUGGACUUGGCCUGCGGCACGCACGGGGCCAUCAGGUGCAACGCCAAAUUAUGGUACGAGUUCAUGGGCAGUGUCAGCGCGAACAUUUUGGCACCCUUCCAGAUAAAUUACAUUUACGACGCGGCAGACAAUUUCACGCUAUGGAAUGAGCAAGAAGCCAAAAAAUGCGACGAGCCUUACGAUGAAUCGUCCAUGCCAUGCAGCUGCGUCGACUGUCCCACGUGUCCCGUUAUAAAAUUAAAGAUUAAUUCGGGCAACGGCUUUAUGAUCGGCAACUUUAAUGGCUACGGGGUCAUGGCGGCUAUACUCAUCGUUGCCUUCUCGAUCGCAAUCCCAUUGCGAUCAUUCCUUAGUAUCCCGUGCAAGUCGCUCAUGAAAAGUCAUAAGAGACCUAGAAAAGAACUUUCAAAUAUCUCGGAGACGUUGUUCGAAGAGCCUAAAAAAGGCUGCGGCUGUCACAAAAUCCUCAAAAUGUCUUUCUUUGAAUGGGGAAAAGCAUUCGCCAAAUACCCUAACAUCACUUUGUUCGUGGCCUCAUACGUCGUUAUUAUUCUGAGCUAUGGAAUCAUGUACCUCUCGGUGACGGUGAAUCCCAUUGAAAUAUGGGCGGCGCCAAACAGUAGAUCCAGGAUAGAAAAGGAUUAUUACGACAACCGAUUCCAGCCGUUUUAUCGCACGGAGCAAAUUUACAUAAAAUCCGUUGGCCUCGAUAAGGUAAUGCAUAAUACUUCGGCCGGAAUCAUGGAAUUCGGGCCAGUGUUCAACAAGGAGUUCUUGCUGGCAGUAUACGAUCUGCAGCAACAGAUUCUUCAGUUAGGUCAAGCGACCGACGAAGGACUCGAAAAGAUCUGCUACGCUCCGGUGCAAAGUGAAUUCACUGGACCAGUUACCCUCGAUCUCUGCACGGUGCAGAGUGUAUGGGGGUAUUUCCAAAACAGCAUCGAGGAGAUGAACAAGACGAAAAUCGUAGAUGGAUACGAAAAUAAUUAUUUGGACCAUCUGUACACAUGCAUGCAAAAUCCAUUUAAUCCAAAAUGCAUGGCGCCGUACAAAGGGCCCAUUAUACCUGCCAUAGCAAUCGGCGGUUUUCUGAGGGAGGGUGAGCUUCAGUACGACUCCACGGAUUACAUCAAUGCGACGGGGUUAAUUUUAACUUUCCUGGUGAGAAAUUCGCUCAACGAGAAGGACCUCGCGCCAGUUUUCAAGUGGGAACAACGUUUUCUCGACUUCAUGGCAAAGUGGAACCAGCAGGGUCGACCGGAAUUUAUGGACGUCGCAUGGACGACGGAGAAAUCAAUAGAAAACGAGCUGGACCGGACCUCGAAAGCGGAAGUGUUAACGGUGACCAUCAGCUAUCUCCUCAUGUUCGUGUAUAUCGCUGUCGCCCUCGGCAAGAUCAGACUAUCCCCCGUCGACUGUUUUACCGAAAGCAAAAUCGUGUUGAGCGUCGGAGGGAUCAUCAUAGUCAUAGCAUCGGUUGCCUGCUCGCUUGGCGUUUUCGGCUAUAUUGGUAUACCAACCACUUUGCUCACGAUCGAGGUAAUUCCCUUUUUGGUGCUGGCUGUCGGAGUCGACAACAUUUUCAUCUUGGUGCAGAACCAUCAGAGAAACCCUCGACACGACGGCGAAUCAAUUCCUGAGCACAUUGGCAAAAUUAUGGCUGAGAUUGGACCCUCGAUGUUGCUCACCAGCAUGUCCGAGUGUUUCUGCUUCCUUAUCGGAGCGUUUUCCUCGAUGCCAGCUGUUAACACCUUCGCGAUGUACGCCUCGUUGUCGAUCUUAAUUAACUUUCUCCUUCAGAUAACGGCUUUCGUCGCUUUAUUGUCCCUCGACUCCAAGAGAGCUGAGACCAAUCGUUUGGACGUUUUAUGUUGCAUUACCGUCAACAAAAGCUCGAAAAUCGACGCAAAGCAACGCAAAGGUGUGAUCCACACCAUCUUCGAGCGUGCCUACACACCGGUCUUGAUGAAGAAGCCGGUCAGAAUUGCUGUUAUGGUGAUUUUCAUCGCUAUUCUCGUCACUCACGUCAUAGUCGUACCACAAAUCGAGAUUGGAUUAGAUCAGAAGCUCUCGAUGCCUGAGGACUCUUACGUUCUGAAGUACUUCAAGUAUAUGGAAGAUCUUUUGUCGAUGGGCCCACCCGUGUACUUCGUAUUGACAGAGGGUCUAAAUUAUAGCAAGAGGGAAGUUCAGAACGUCAUAUGCGGCGGUCAAGGGUGCAAUGCGGAUUCCUUGUACACACAAAUUUAUUCCGCUGCCAAACAGUCCUCCGUGUCGUAUUUGUCUAAAGCAGCCUCCUCGUGGAUAGAUGAUUAUCUCGAUUGGUCAAGCAUCACAGAUUGCUGCAAAUAUUUUAGCAACAACCAGUCGUUUUGCCCGCAUACUAAUCCAACGUGCAGAGAAUGUAACAUUGCCAUUGAGAAGAAUCGUCCGAUUGAGAAAGAAUUUAGGAAGUACAUUCCUUAUUUUGUGAUGGACGUUCCAGACGAGAGAUGCGCUAAAGCUGGCAGAGCCACUUAUCACGACGCGCUAAAUUAUUAUUACGAUGAAUUUGGUCUGACCGAUGUGGGUGAUACGUAUUUCAUGGGUUACCACACACCCUUAAAAAAAUCAUCAGAUUGGUACGAAGCGCUGCGAGCUGCUAGAGUGUUAUCGGAUAAGAUCACGCAAAUGAUUAAGGCAAAGGUGCCCCAUUCGAAAGUCAAGGUAUUUCCAUACAGUGUAUUCUACGUGUUCUACGAACAAUAUCUGAGCAUUUGGCAAGAAACCUUGUCAUCGAUAAGCCUCUCUCUCGUUGUGAUUUUCGUGGUGACGCUGCUUGUCACAGGAUUUUCGUUGUUCUCCGCAGGGGUAGUGAUUCUUAACGUACUGAUGAUAAUAGUGAAUUUAGGAGGCCUUAUGUACUGGUGGAACAUCAGCUUAAAUGCGGUUUCCCUCGUAAAUUUAGUUAUGGCGGCUGGCAUUUCUGUAGAAUUUUGCAGCCACAUAGUGCACUCCUACAUCACUUCCACAGCAAUGACGAGACUCGACAAGGCAUCGGAGACAGUUUCUGUCAUGGGAAGUUCUGUAUUCUCCGGGAUUACUUUGACGAAAAUCGUGGGAAUUGUGGUGCUGGCGUUCGCAAAAUCGCAGAUCUUCCGAAUAUUUUAUUUUAGAAUGUAUUUAGGAAUUGUUCUGUUUGGUGCUGCGCACGGCUUGAUAUUUCUACCGGUAUUACUAAGUUUUAUAGGCCCGUAAAAAAGAAAAGUACAAAAAACCAUAGCAAUGGAAAACCCACCGACAUACCACAUAACGCAUAACCUCGUUUAAAGAUCAUCGACUAAUUAUUUCUGUGUAAAUUAUUUUGUUAAUAUAGGCUAAAUCGAAUCUUUGGUAUUUUGCUACGUAUAUAUACAUUAUCUUUUUGAUAAAUUAUAUUGUUGAACUGGAUAUACGAUUCUGCGUGUAUUACUAUAUUAAUGCAUAGUUGUAAUUAAUGUCGAAUUGAAGUGUGAUCUUUCAUUAAACGUAUCUUCAUUCAUAAA